AUGGCAGAUGAAGAAACGCCACAGCCGGCACAACAAGCUGUACAAGUUGUACAAAUGGCACAAUCGGUCACAAUACAGCCUAUGCCUGAAUUUCGUCCCGAUGCCAAAGUACGAGCAAGCCUCGCUACUAGAUGGAAUAACUGGCAAGCAGAUUUUGAAAUGUUCAUUAUAGCCAGUGGGAUCACUGACGCUAAACGUAAACGAGCGCUGUUAUUAUAUCAAGCAGGACCUCGUGUGAGAGAAAUAUUUAAACAAUUAGAGGACACGGGUAACGAUGAUAAUUAUGAAGUCGCCAAAGCUAAACUAAAGGAAUACUUCGAUCCACAGAAAAACAGACGAUAUGAAGUGUAUCGUUUUCGCCAAGCUAUGCAAAAACCUGAUGAGACCCUUGAUGAAUAUCACACGCGAUUACGGACAAUGGCUGCAACUUGCGAAUUCAACGACGUAGAGUUCGAAAUCGAACAACAAAUUAUCAUUGGCGGCAUAUCCUCAAAGAUUCGUAAACAUGCGUUGCGAGACCCGAAAUUCGACUGGAAAGGCAUGUUAUUAGAAGGGCGAAGAGAUGAGCAAAGUUCCUAUCAGAUUAAGCCAUUAAGGACAUUGAGUCAAAAGAGCCAACCGAUGUAUAUACAAACAAACUCGACGGGAAAUCAGAGAAAACCGAAGCGAAAACAUGUCGCUAUUGCGGGCGUGAAUAUCCGCACGUAGGACAAUGCCCUGCGAAGGGUCAGACAUGCCAUAUUUGUGGCAAAGUAAAUCAUUUUGCUAGGGUAUGCAAAAGUAAGCCGAAAGCACCGAAACAGAAUACUAGAAAACAACACAAAGGUCGGGGAAAAGCUCUAAAUCCUUUAAACCACGACGAAACGGACAAUUCUGAUGAGGAUUAUUUAUAUAUAGUAAACAAAGAUCACGCAAAUACCGCUAAAGUCAAGGUCAAAGUGGGCGGAGCGUCUUUUAUGAUGACACUUGAUACGGGGGCAACAAUUAAUGUCAUCGAUGAACAAACAUUUUCGAAAAUGGACGGUGUUAAGUUAAAGCAGACAAAUACUAAAGCAUUUCCGUAUAAUACAACACAACCUGUCAAAUUCCUUGGAAACUUCGAGGCGGUUGUGGAAACACGCAAGCGGUUAUCUGUGGCCAUGUUCUAUGUAGUAAAAGGCCAAAAUAGUGGAAAUCUUUUGUCUCUGGCUACAGCUCAAGACCUUGGACUUAUAACUUUACAUCUAAAUCAUGUCACAACGAAAGAUGACAACCUGGACAAAAUCCUUGGAAAACAUACUAAAGUAUUUCAUGGACUGGGCAAAUUAAAAGGUGAGACAGUAAAAUUAGACAUAGAUAAAGACCAAAUACCAAAAGCCCAACCUCAACGUCGAAUUCCUUAUCACAUUCGUAAACAGGUAGAAGACGCCUUAAAAGCACUUGAGAAGGAAGACGUAAUUGAAAGGGUGUCUGAGAAUGAGGCAACACCAUGGGUAUCACCCAUAGUCGUAGUUCCUAAGAAAGAUGGGGGAGUCAGAAUAUGCGGAGAUAUGCG